UCUCUCUCUCUCUCUCUCUCUGGUGUCGAAAUUACUACUUGCAUAUUUUCGGGUAAUUAAAGUGUAACAAUGGCGAACAGGACGGACCCGCUGGCGAAGAGCAUAAGGGGGACGAACCCGCAGAAUCUGGUGGAGAAGAUAGUGCGUUUAAAGAUAUACCAGAACUCCUGCUGGAAGGAGCAGUGCUUUGGACUUACCUCCGAGACCCUUGUUGACAAGGCCAUGGAGCUCGACCACUUGGGUGGUACUAAUGGCGGCAACCACAAGCCCACCCCCUUCUCGUGUCUCGUAAUGAAGAUGCUUCAGAUCCAACCGGACAAGGAAAUCGUUGUCGAAUUUAUUAAAAACCCCGAAUACAAAUUUCGGGCACUUGGAGCUUUUUAUUUGCGUCUUACAGGGACAGACAUUGAUGUUUACCGUUACCUGGAACCUCUGUACAAUGAUUACCGAAAGCUGCGGCUCAAAUCGUCUGAUGGGCGCUUCACCUUGACACAUGUUGAUGAGAUUAUUGAUGAACUUCUGACAAAAGAUUAUUCUUGUGAUAUUGCAUUGCCACGGAUCAAAAAAAGAAUGACUCUUGAAGCUAUCGAUACACUGGAACCUAGAAGAAGUGCUCUUGAAGAUGAUUUUGAGGAGGAGGAAGAUAAGGAUGAAGAUGACCAACUUGCAACUGGAUUAGAUUCUGGCAGCCAUGACAAGGAUUACUAUGGUGGACGAAGUCCAACUAGAGAAAGAGAUCGAGAUAGAAAACGAGACAGUCACAGAUACAGGGAUAGAGAUUAUGACAGGGAUCGUGGAAGAGGGCGUGACAGAGAUAGAGAGAAAGAAAGGGAUCGCCAUCGCCUAAGAGAAGACAAGGAAUAUGGUCACGAAAGGGACAGGGAAAGGGAUAGGGAGCGGGACAGGCGGCGUGGCAGACGGAGGAGCCGGAGCAGAAGCAGAGAUCACAAGGAUCGUUAUGGCGAUGAGCGUCACAAAAGGCAUGCUCGUAUGAGCGCAAGCCCUAAGAAGCGCGGGGAGGGACCUGAUGUUGAGCCAAAAAAGAAGAAAGAAAAGAAGGAUGAUGGAACAGAUCAUCCAGAUCUGGAGAUAGCAGAAGCAAAUAGGCUCAGGGCAUCCCUUGGGUUGAAGCCUCUCAAGAUGUGACUUGUGAUAAUGAAUGGUCUACAUGUUUUAAACUACGUCCCUAGCACCCCCCCACUCCCCCGCCCCCCAAAAAAAAAA